UCAGCUUUUUCACCAUCUUAUUUAAACGUUGCAGUUUUAAUUAGAACGAAAGUAACAUCAGUGCGAUAUGUACACCAAAAACGUAUUUUUCUGGCUGUUAUUAUUAUUUUUCUUAGGCCAAAGUUUCCCCCACAUUGUAGAAAAAAAUGUCACCGAAUCCGACUGCGAAAAUAUUUGUAAAGCAUGGCAAACCCAAAAUGAAUUUAACGCAGACACGAAAACAUGUAAAUGCUUUUUACCUAAAUACUUAGACGCUGUAGACCUCACUCUUUUAACCAAAAACGCUAAACUCUUAGAACUGUCAGUAAAUAACGAAACAAAAAUGAUUAGAAAAAGGGACACUUCUGAAGUGACCACUCAAGCAGUGGAAACCCCUGAAGAACUUGGUACCACCGUAACUGUAGCCACCGACAUCAAUACAACACCACCCGUAAACCCCGAAGGAAUCGUCGGUCAAGCGGCCCCUCCUAGACGCGGCCUCCCACGCCCCUCACCAUCCAGACGCCCACGAGAACCCAGACCCAUCUCGCCGGAACAACAGCGCCUAAUCACCCAACAAAUCAACGACCAUUUGGACCGCCUCAACCUAAUUUCUGAUUCAAGAAUGCGAGAUAGAGAAAUAGAAGCCAUCAGACUCAAUCUGCGACAAAUAAUGCACACUACUUUAGCCCAAAUUCCAAGAUCGCGGAUGCGAACCGUCGUUGAAGAAACCAGAAGGCGCCAAAGUAGACCCAGAACGCUGCACUCUCGCGUCGUUGGGGCCCCUUUUCCCAACUUCAACGAAAACUCUAGCGAAAAAAACGAAGUAGAGAGCGCAAUGAAGGAAAUUUUCAGGGGGAAAAAGCACCGUUUUGACGUCGUCACGCAAGACCCUAGCUUAAUUGAUGAGUAA